AUGGAGAGGUUCUCGUCGCGAGGGCUGCCCCUCGUACACCGCCUGCAGCUUCCCGUGCUUCUCGUCGUCCCUGUCUUGUUCUCAGUCGCUGCCGUCAUCAUCCUUGGCUUCCAUGGCGAUCUCAACGUGCCUCUGCUGGCCUCGCAGUGCCACUCCCAUGCACGCCUGCCAGGGCUUUCGCGCAUCCCUCUCAUUGGCGUUCCGGCCUGCUCCUUCAUUAGCCUCUUCCAGGCUGCCAACGAUGCCGUCAGGAGCGUCGCACGCAUGGGCAUCAUCCUGGCAUUCAUCGGCGCCCUUCUUACGGUUUCCCUGGUAGAGGCUGCCAGGCUUUGCAAUGCCCGUGCCCGCGUCAUCCGCUACCCAACUAUCCCGUGGCUGGCCUUCAACCUCUUUGGGGGUGUGCUUGUCUGGGACCUCGCCAUUAUCCCGGCCUUCCUUCGUCAUGCCAAAGUUCUCCGCCAGCAGGACGACGCUACUCGGAUACUCGGGCCAGAUGCCAGAAGGCAAGAUGCGCGAGCGCUAGCGAGCCGCUCGGAGCUCUAUGCCAUUCCAAUUUCCGUCGCUGUCGGCUUCUACCUGCCGAGCAUCGCCAUGCUGUCCAUCAACAGUGCUACCGCCAUAGGCAUCUGGCUGUUAUUCCCGCUGCUGGUCGCUCUCGUGCGCAUCGCUGUCAAGGCCAUCUAUGCCAAGUUGUCAAGCAAGGAGGACGAGCCCUUUCGCAUCGAGAGCAGCAGGGUGUCAGUCUUUGCCGUAUAUUCCUUGCCCGUGCUCUUCUCGGUCAUGACACAUGCCUUCUUCAUCGCCAACCUCUUUGCCGAUGAUGAUCGAAAGGAGAUGACACGCAGCACUCUCAAGUUCAUUGAGAUUGACGCUCUAAUCCUGGGUGCCAGUGUCCUCUACUGGAUUGCUGUGGAGUCCGGUCUGGUGCCGCUGGCGGUCAUGCUUGGUGUCUCGGUGCUUUUCGGCACAGGUGCAGGUCUUUGCCAGACAUGGAUCUUGCGAGAGAAAUCCUUGGCUGAACAGGAUGACAUUGAGAACAGCCAACAUGAUGUUGUACACGACGAAGCUCAUGAAGAAACACCUCUGCUGCACUGA